GAAUAAUAAAUUAUAUUAAAAUUGGUUUGUCUCAUCCAUCACAUGUUGUUAAUAAUAAUGAAGAUGUAGAAACAGCUGAUGUAAUAGAUAAUGAUUUUACAAAUUUUACUAGUAGUGGUGUUAGUGGUGAAUUUGUUGCCUAUGUAGAGAAUAGAAGUGAUAAUAGUAUUAAUGAAAGAAAUGUUGUAAAUAAGAGUUUUGAAAGUAUUGUUACGGAAAAUAAUUUUAAUGAUGAGACAAGAGAUGAUAUUGUAUGA